AAAACAAAGCUCUCCAAGGCCCAAGCCAACCUUUUUUUAACCAGUUAGGCUUCCGCAGCUGUAGGUUUCUCCCUCCUCGGCGGUAUUCCAGUUCUCCAGGACCUAACGGGAGAAAGAAUUGAAGUAGACAAGGUCCUCUCAACCCAACCACCUCAGUUUUUCUUCACUCCUAGAUCGGCAAAUACAAAUUUCUAUUGCCCCAAACCUUAUCGCUCUUUUUUCACCCCUUUUUUUCUCGAUGGCGACGAGAAAUCGGACGCCUAUCUAUCGGAAGUACCGUGAUGCUCUCCGGCAGGUGCGUCCACCGGCGUCAUCGUUGCCCUCGACGUCCUUGGGCAGUGGCGGGGGAAGGAGCACUGGGCCGGUGAUUGAGAUGGUUAGCACAUCUCUUCUGCGACAGGAUCGGUCUUAUGCUCCUCUCAGCACGGAGGAUCCCGGCAGUUCCAGUAAUGGAGCUCUUACGUUUGGUUUGCCGCCGGCUUGGGUGGAUAUUUCUGAAGAUAUAUCUGCAAACAUGCAGCGUGCUCGAACAAAAAUGUCAGAAUUAGUGAAGGCCCAUGCAAAGGCUUUAAUGCCAUCUUUUGGUGAUGGGAAAGAUGAUCAACAUUUGAUUGAAAUUCUUACUCAGGAGAUCACAGAUUUGCUAAGGAAAUCUGAGAAGAGAUUGCAGAAACUUUCUCCAAGUGACCCUUCAGAAGAUUCAACUGUUAGAAAAAAUGUUCAGAGAUCGUUAGCAACUGAUCUUCAGAAACUCUCUACGGAGUUCCGUAAGCAUCAAUCGUCAUACCUAAAGCGGCUUAGUCAGCAGAAGGAGGGUCCAGAUAGCAUUGAUUUGGAGAUGAAUCUAAACGGUGGUAGUCGGUAUAGAACUGAUGAUGAGGACUUUGGUGAUAUGGGUUUUGAUGAGCUCCAGAUGUCUAAGCUUAAAAGAAGCGAGGUUUUUACAAAAGAGAGGGAGAGAGAGAUCGUUCAGGUCGUAGAAUCUGUUAAUGAGCUUGCUCAGAUCAUGAAGGAUCUUUCAGUUCUUGUAAUAGAUCAGGGAACAAUCAUUGAUCGCAUUGAUUAUAACAUUCAAAAUGUUGCAACUUCAGUGGAAGAUGGCUAUAAGCAAUUACAAAGGGCAGAGAGAAGCCAGAAAGAAGGGGGAAUGGUUAUGUGUGUCACAGUUCUUGUUCUCAUGUGCUUUGUCAUGCUUAUUCUUCUAAUUCUGAAGCAUAUAUUCUUCUAAUCCGGCUGGAACCAUAGUCAAAUUUCGACGUCUCAGCAGAGAAAUACUAUGAAUUGUCUUGUUAAAUUGUGUCGCCAAGCUGGGUAAGUGACUUGUUUUAUUUUAGAUUCUUCACUUUGGCCAUACGGAUUUUGUGAAUAGGUUAUUUUUUUGCUUAGAAGCCUAAUCAUUGUACGAGAAUGCUGAGGUGAAAUCUCAUUGUAUCAAUUGAAAACUAUUUUGUAAUAAAGUAUGCUUUUCAUGCCAAGUAAA